CAUUCAUUUCCAUUCAUUCACGCAUGUAAUCUGUAUUACAAAUGGGCUCUCGAAUAAUCUGUCAAUAGUUAUCAAAAUUUUAUCAAAACGAGUCUGAAAAUAUGAAUGAUAACAUGUGUUUCGCGACUGUUUCAUUUAACUUACGGUCAAAAUAGACAUCGUUGACCGCGUCGGUAGACGUGUUAAGUUCAAUUUCGGAAUCUUGAUCACACGAAAAUUGGAUCCAAUAAUCCUCCGGCUUAUUGAAAUAAUGAGCUUGGUGGCAUGCUGAACUUGUCAGAUCGUUGUUUACAAUCAUUCCAAUAAGAAAAUAGUAACCCAGAAAAGUUAUAAAAAUGGCAAGAUAUUUUGAAAACACGUCUACCUUUAACUUUAGUUGGGAUCAAGUCACUCGCGGCUACUGGAAGAGGUAUCCAAACCCUCAGAGUACUCAUGUCCUGUCAGAAGAUACAUGGAGUAGAGAAGUGAAAGAUGGAUGUCUGUACACAAAGAGAGUUUUAACGAAGACAAACAGAGUGCCUAAAUGGGGAGAAAGGUUUUUCAACGCGAAAUCAGUGAAGAUCAUCGAGGAGAGCGUGCUAGAUCCAGAGAAGAAAAUAUUUGUGACCUACACAAGGAACCUAGGAUACACGAAAGUUAUGAGUGUGGUGGAACGCGUGGAGUACCGCUCGGCAGGUCCGGGACUGACCGUGGCGCGUCGCUCCGCAUGGAUAGAUUCACAAGUGUUCGGCUUUUCACGAGCCAUCCGCGCCUUCGGAGUCGACAGGUUCAAGAAGAAUUGCAAUCAAAUGGUAAGCGGCUUCAACCACGUCCUGCAUAGUAUGUUCCCGCGUCAGGUUCCCUCGCAGCACAGUAUGACGCACACGCUGAAGGAGAUGCGCGAGGCCGCCGCCGCCGCCACCGACCGCGCCAAGGCCAACGUACUGUCCACUGUCAACAGGACAUAACACGACGCUGACUGACCUAGGAGCUAAGGACUAAGUGAAACCACUCUUACAACAUAACCAAGCCAAACACUAGUGAAAAAAUGGAGUGACCAGAAUGUGCUUCUACAUAGAUGAGUUAUCUUGGCUAGCAUUCCGGUUCAGCGUUAGUGAAAUUACCGGACAAAAGUUUUGGUCACAAAUUUUUUGGUAGUGAACAUUGAACACUCCAUGUUUCAAUCGUCUGUGGCAGUGUCGCCUUAUUGGGAAGUACAACAGAAGAGUAACGCAAGUGAAGGACUGCUUUUAGAGGUUUAUUGUAUUUACAGAGUAUAGAAAUUGUGUUUUAUUGUGAAGAGGUCUAUCGAAAGCAUGUAGCACUAGCUUGUUGACAAUAAGACUUUUAAUGAGCUCUCUUUUCACUGGUAUUUGUUGUUUUGUAAUCUCUGGCUAUAGAAGUAUGUAGAACAAAAGUGCUGUCCGAGAAGUCGUCCGUCGUUGCUGCCCAGUUUAAAUUGAGCUCAUUACUUUAAUGUUUAUAGUGAACCUGUAUUUCUUUUAUUUUCACUGCCAUUUUCGUCUUUUGCACACGACGCUACUUGUACCUUCGCCACAUUCCAGCCGUGUGGUUCAAUAUGUAUAUUAUGUAUGAAUAAGCUUUGCAUAGAGAGAAUGGAGCACCGACAAGGCUAGAACGAAUCGAAAAUCAUUUUACUACACUACACGCAUACAUAGAUGUAAAGUUUAAACGUAUUGAUUAAAUAGCGAUUAAUUAAAUCACCGGUUUGAUUAAAUACUAGUUUAUUUUGUUUAAGCUAGGAAUGUGUAUGACAACGAAAGAGUGACGUCACUACUAUGCAAUAUGGCGGUUUGACGUUUUGAGAAUGAAGUAUUGAAUUGGUUGUCAUCAUCCCUUAAAUGUAGAUCAUUUGUUAAUUCUCUAUAUUAUGGAUAAUAUGGAUUUUAGUAAAGUUGGUAGUCAGCUUUUCUCUCUACGCUGUAUUUUGAUUGACUUUAUUUGGAUUGUAUAUAAGGUUAGCGAUUUUGCGAGCUGCUCUAUUGAUGUGUCCGAAAUGGCUGGCCAUUUCUAUGCAUUAGACUAGAGUUUAAAUUAUUAUUAUUUAUUACAACAAUCCCGGAUUAUAAAGGCAUAUUUUUCGUUCAAAAUUCACAUCACGAUGACACAAAUCAUUUGAAGUUUUCGAUACCUUAUCAUGACUGCGAUAAAAUUAAGGCGUGCUCACAUAUUUCUUUGACGUUACAAUAUUUAUUUGGCCUAUUUUCAGUAACCUAUAUUGAUGAAAUUGUGUUAAACAAUAGGUGAACAUACUCCAACCUGUUACAUUUCUUCGAUGAAUUUGGAACUUAUGUGUUUGUAAUAAAGGUGAAAUUUUUUGACAGGUGUAAGUUAAUAUGCAAGUCUGUAUUCAAUUGUUUUAAAAUGUUCGUACGAUAAUGGAUUGUUUGCGAUUCACCACAAUACGUAUUAGGGUUUAUUGUAAAACUUUGAAAGUUCAAAUUACAUUGGCAGAGUUAAAUGAUUAUUUUUGAAAUGUUUUAAGGUGCGGCUUCGAUUGAUUUUGUUAAAUAAUAAAUUUGAUCGAAGUGUUUGUAAGAUUCGAAAUGUCACCGAUGUUAUUUGACAGUAUUAUGUAUAGUUUGGGAAUGUAAGCUAGGAUUUCAAGGUAUUGAAUAUUUUUGAAAUUUAGUGGAUUGUUGUUGAUUACAGCUCCAUCUCGCUAACCAUAAAAUAAAUGGUUUGUAAAUUUUAUUUAUUAUUGUAUUUAUUUAAAUUCAAAAUUAAUUUAUACUUUUCCCCUUCGCUUCUGCUUUCUAAGUAAUAAGCAGAACUUUUCUAUAUCGUGGGAUAGCGAUUACUAUUUUGCGUAACAUACAAAUUGAUAUUAUAACAAUGUUAAUAUCUUAAAAAUCUAUUAAUAACAAUACUUAAUUGUUCCAAA